AUGCGGUCCGGACGGCACAAGCAUAUCACCGCGGCCAACCACGCGGUUGUGGGCACAAGCCGGACGUCGUCGUCGGUGGGCAGGCCGAGCGGUGGCCAGUCGGCGUCUCCGUUGGCCCACGACGCGCCUGCACUCUUCACGCCGCCACGGCUAUCGUCCAACAUCAACACCUCGCUGGCUUCUCGUCCUGCUGCUGUCCGUGCUUCGCUGCUGCCUACUGUGGGCAACAGCCCGGCUCUGGCGCCAGGCGUCGCCCCCCCGCCGUCUCCGGGCGCUGCCUCGGCUCUCUCCUCCGCCGCUGCCGCACACUCGGCGCUACCGGCCGUCCCCUCGCCCGAUCGCCGCCGCUCGCCGGGCUCCUUUCGCUCGUCGCGGAGGAGCACCCCGCGCUACGCUCCGCGCUUCCCCUCCGCAAAUCCACCGGGUGCUGGGCCAAAGCUCCCGCUCAUCCGGAUGCGCGGCGCGAGCGCGAGCGCCAGCGGUGGCUCUGGAGGCGCAACUGUUAGCGGCAGCCCCGGGAGUACCGAUGCCCCUGUUCCACCCAUCUCAGCCAAUCCGUCCACGCCGCAUCCGCCACAGGGCCGCGCGCGUGGCGAGGCCUCGCUCCGCAAGCGGUAUGGCACCUCGCCCGGGAACGGCGGCGGCGGCGGCGACGAAGGCGCCCGCGGCGAGCAGGCGAGCGGCGUCGACCACGGCCCUGGCCUGAGCGAGGCCGUCGCGUCGGCAGGCGGUGCUAUCGGCAGCAGCGAGGGGACCGGCAUGACCCUCUCCAAGUCACGGUCGAUCAACUCGAACACCGCCAGCCUCUCGGAGUGGGACUCGCACGGCGACAUGCAAGAGCACUAUGACGAUGGCUACGGCGGCACUGGCGGCGCUGGCAUCAUCUCGCAGUUUGGCGUCCUUGCGCCACGCCGCGGCCUCGUCAACAACUUUCACCACUCGGAGAUCGACUCGGGCCCCCUGCGGGCGUUCAACGCCAUCGAUGUCGACCGCAUCACCGCCACCCUUGCGGCCGAGACCGUGGCGUCGUACAAAGUCGAGCUGGACUCGAUCAAGGCUCUGCAUGCCGAGAUCAAGCACCUCCAGCGCCACAUGACCGCCCUCCACAAGACCUACGGCAAGGUCUGCGGCGAGGUCUCGCUCAAGUGGACCAAGUCUCGGACGCAGGACCUCAUCCAGCGGUACUCGUUCUCGUCCGACCCCUCGCAAGUCCGGGUCUCCAAAAUGGCGCUCCUGGAGAUCAUUGCGUCCAUGCUCGCCGCCAUCGCCUACGCCACCGGCCGUGUCGCCGACCUCGGCAUUUCGUCGCUGCCUGAGGCGCUGAGCAAGGCCGGGACGCUCGCGGACGGCACCGACUCGUUUGGGAUUUUCUCCACUCUCGCGCCGCCGCCGGAUCUGCGCUCCUCGCGCAUCCGCCCGUUCUUUUCCAUGCUCCGCAAGCUGCACAUUCUUCGCCGCGCCCUCAAGACCUACCGCGAGCAGGAGGCCGAGACCGGAUCGGCGCUUGCGUCGGCCUCGCGCACCGCCGAGCAACUCCGCGAGGAAAAUCUGCUGCUCAAGCAGCUGCUGACCAACAUGGCGUCGGCGUCGAACACCCCGCUCGAGCGGCUCAUUCGCAAGACCCGCCAGGCUGCGACCGACGCAGGCUCGUCGCGGGUCGAUCCCUCGCUCCUCAACCUCAUCACCCCGUCGACCGCUGCCGACGACGGCGCCUCUCUCAACGGAACUCAUCCGUCCGCGGCGGACGCGUCGGCCACCGAGCUGGAGGCCUCAUCGCAUGUCGCAGUCAUCCGCGGCCUCAAGGCCGACAACGACGCGCUCACCACUGUCAUCGACUCGCUCAAGCGCCAACUUGCGUCGUUUGAAGUUGAGUCGGCGACUCUCGCCGCCGAAGUCUCGGUCCUCCACAAGAAAAUGUCGGCCGCGGGCCUAGAGCAGCCGUCGUCCUCAGGCUCGCGCUCGCCACGGUCCGAGUCGUUCCGCGAGACGCUCGCUGCGCUGCGGACCAGGCUCGUCGACGUGGAAACCGAGCGGGAGAUCCUGCUCCGCCAGCUUCGCGGCGCCGCCACCGACGACUACAAUGCGCUCGCGUCACAGCUGAAGGAUGCCCAGGCCGAGGCUGCGUCGGCGCAGGCCACCAUUGUCAUGCUCAAGGACAAGCUAGCAAGCUCGCUCGCCAUGACCGCGUCGGCCGUCGACCUCGCCGUGAGCGAGGCUGAGGCCGAGGCGCGCAUCUCGGAUGACCACGCGCACUCGUCGCGCGGCAAGCGCCGCAAGCAUGGCUCCCACACCAAAGGCUCCGUCUCCAAGAGUCGCAAAAAGUCGACCAAGAAGACCCACUCGCGGCAUCGCGGGAGCAGCAGCUCGCGCAAAGUUGCAUCCAGCACCGCCCGCACUCGCAGGAUGACUGCCGACUCGGAAGGCUCCAACGCCACCUCUGUCCCUGACAUCUCCGAGUACCAGGCUGCGCUGGAGGAGGCACGCGCCCGCAUCUCCGACCUCGAGGCGGCCAACCAGGGCCUCAAGGAGCAGCUCCUCAUCGCGCAGUCAGACCGCGACGCCUUCAAGGCCAAAUCGAACCGGCUCGAGGCCCAGGUCCAGAAGCUCGAGGCCAAGCUCGAGGCGCUGUCGACUGGCGGCAAGAAGACCAGUCGCAGCCGCGGCGCGUCCCGCCGCCGACCGUCGUCUCGUGCCUCGGUCUGCUCGGAAGCCUCAGACUUUUCCGACGUCGGCUCGGUCUCGUCGCUCGCCUCGGCCGGCUCGGACGAGUCGCGGGCCUCGCGCCGCGGGCGGCGCAAGAAAAAGGGCAAGGCCCGUAGCAACAGAUCCGGCACCGUCGCAACGGCAAACCCGCCGGCGGCUCUGCCCCGAUCCAACUCGGCCGAGUCGGUCCGCUCGACCUGCUCGACCCGCUCGACCCGCUCCACCGCGUCGCGCUCGGGACGUAAGAAGCGAAGGGCCAAGAAGAGCACCGAUGGCUCCGGCUUGAUCACUUCCGCUACGCUCACCGAGCUGGCUGCUGUUGAGGUCGAGAGCGUGCACUCCGACGCCGACGCCAGCACAGAACUUACGUCUGUCGUCGAUGGCGGCGGUGCGUCGCGUCGCAGUCGUGGCGGCAAGUCCAAGCGGCGGCGCAAAAAGGGCAAGGGCCAUCACAAGUAGCCUUGGGUUGAGUAGCGCUAUUGAACAUCACACCCGCCC